AAGUUUGAAUCCGAGGAAGCUGGCAACAAUGAGGGAGACGAUGUGUCGAGGAAGAUUGGUGUCGAGUUCAUAAGAAUGAGCUGUACUCCAGUAGCUCUGGAGAUGAACUAGAAGAGAAGGAGGAUGAAUUACCUGAGGUGGCAGGUGAAGUGAAGGUCUCAGAGUAAAUGGAACGGUAUAAAAAACAUGGUUUUCAUGGGUUUGAUAAUAUUCCAUUCAGUCCUUUCCAUCCAUUACACUCCAUUUCAACAAACCCAACCUUCAUUUAUGUUGUGAUGCAGUAUUCACGACCACAAUCUCACAAAACUCAGUUAAAGACGGACUUUAUGACAAAUGAUCCUAUUUACACUUGGGAGUCAAUUUUGACACUGAAGAGUACGUUUUGGACUCAUAUAGAUGCUACAUAGGCUGUUUUCUAAAUGAGAAGUUGGUUUUUAGGGGCGGUUGCUUUUUAAAGAGAAAGAUGUUGCUAGAUAAGAUGAGCUAUUCAUACUUCACUGUGCUUACUAUAUGCGUGAUGUUACCAAAUCAUUACUUAGAAUUAAAGCCAAGCUGGCAUUUGACAUUAACUCAUUGCUUGUCAGAGAGCAUGGGAGCAAUUCUAUUUCUCCUGAUUCUGGCGCUUCUCAAGGACUAUGGUCAUGGAGCGCCACAGGAAGGUGGGGCUGAAGCUAAGGGGGUUUUGUUUUAUGCUAUUUGUGACGAUGAUGAAGACUGAACGUGAAGGUUUUAGACUUAAUGUUUGUAAAUGAUUGUAUUGUUAAGUUGAUCAGUAAUAUUCACCUAUAUCAGUAUUUUAUACUUGGCUCAUUUGUUCAUUCUCCAGCAUUAACCAGACCUUGCUCAAGAACAUUAAAACCAUCCACUUUAAGGGGGGUCUUUAUUCAGAAAAUAUGUAUUUAUUUUGACGUAAAUAUGAUCUCUGUCAGAACUUUAAACAUUAUUUUCCUCUGAUGUAUAGAGCUUUGAAUCAAUACUCUUAUGGAUACCUUGAGUUUGAGAGUGAAUCGUAUGUAAGCAGGACUAGCCAAAACCAGUGCUUUUAAAUGGCCAUGUAACGACAUUACGCCUGUCAUAACAUUCUUUUGUAUAUGUGGUGUCAUUUAGAUAUCGACAAGUGUAGUAACAACUCGCUCAUCUGUGGGGACAAUUCAGCUUGCUUCAACACUAUCAUGUGCUUUCACCCAUGGAAUUAGCUGUUAGGAGGUCAAAGGUCAAGGGGGUGGGAUGACCUGAAAUAUUCUGCUUUUACAAAAUGUUAUGCUGUUUUCAAAUUAAACACAAUUACCUUGCUCCUGUUACAGCUUUUAAAAUUAAUGAAUUUUUUAGGUAAUACUGUGUGUGUUUCUCUGGGUUUAAUGACUAAUGGUGGCACUCAACAAUGCUUGGACAUAGACAAGUGUGUUGGGAUCCCAGAUAUUUGUGGGAAAUGGGGAACCUGUCGUAAUCAGGGUUGUAGCUACCUGUGCACGUGUCCCAGUGGAUUUAGGAACUCUGGCAACGGACAAACUCUGUGUGUAGACAUUGACGAGUGUAAUACAGACGGAGUAUGUGGAAAUGUGGGCAUCUGUCAAAACCUGAUUGGUAGUUACUGGUGCCAGUGUCCUGCUGGAUUUACUAACUACCAGGCUUUGAUAGUUUAUUGUCUCUGUUGAGAAACAACUGUUUGGUGUUGAGCAACUCUAUGUUGCCUGGACUGACAAGACUGCUGCCAACUGGAGAUGUGCUUUUGACAUUACUGGUUAAUACCACUGAUGUUGUUCAACUGGGCCUCCAGUCCAAUGGUCACAUUAGCAGCAGUGAAGUGACUAAGUUACUGAGAACGAUUGAAAUCUCUAUCAGACUGAUCGCUCCACUGUUGACAGAGAACGUGACCAGGAUAGAGACCAACCACACAGAGGUUGAGAUUAUGGUGAGAAGAGACAAGACUUCACCUGAAGGACCAGUCAGCCUGACCAAUGAGAACACUCAACUUGACACCACCUGGGAGACGGUGGUUGGAGAUUACCAGAAUUACCCAGGGUUUGCGUAUGUUGUUCUGCUCAGCUAUAGGAAUCUGGAUAGUCUGAAGGACAACAUUUCUCAUCAGAGCCAGCAGCUCAUGUCCAGUGCUGCGACAGUUUCCGUUAGCAACUCCAACACAACAUACCUGCCCCAACAGGUUAAUCUCACCUUCCAUCACCUGCAGUCCAGUGAUGUUGACCCCACCUGUGUUUAUUGGUCGGAUGAGAAUGGACCGGGGGUGUGGUCUGGGAGGGGUUGCACCUUAGUGAUGUCAAACUCCACCCACACUGUGUGCUCCUGCAACCAUCUCAGCACAUUUGCUGUGCUGAACGAAAUGCAACAGGGAAGCGGGCAGCUGUCGUUGGUGAUGUGGGUGGGUGUUUUUGUGGCACUGACCUGUGUGUUCCUGUCCCUGAUCACCACCCUGUGGUGUCGCUUUGUCAGCCGCAAACGCCGUGGAGGACGCCGUGGAGGACACCGGCUGCAACAGGAUGUACAGCUACAUAGAAAAUAAGACAUGGAUUUGAACUAUUUGUGUUAUAAGAAAAGCUUUACUUGGAAUUAAUUUGUAACAUUGUCUCUUGGCUUGCAAGGACAUCCAAAUGCCAGCUAUUCUUUUUUUAAGUAGUAUGAAAAUGUAUCAAAAAAAGAAAAAUAUAAGAACACAACUUUAUGUUAAUAGAUAUAGAAUAUCUCAUGUGUAGAACUGUUAUCAGUUCUGAAGUGUAACAGAUGAGCUCUCAUCUCUAUGGCAACAUACAUAAGUCAUUUCAGUCUCAUAAACAUGGUUUGUAAUUUGUAGAGAUGAGAAUACAAUGCUGCAUUUGUCCAGUAUUAUGCCACUUGGUUGUUGUUGUAACUGAGUUAUUUUAAGUGAAAGUAAUAUUUUUCCUGUUAAUCAACCUACCAUUUGAGCUAACAUAAAUCUAGAUAAUGUAGCCUUUCAAUGUAUUAGGAUGCUUCGACUGUGGAAGGAGAUUUCUUCAGGAAAAUUAUUGAUUUCAUGGACAAAUAGUCCCACCACCACUUCAAGAAAAAACCCAGAAACCCUCUUAAUUUGUGUAAUCACAAAGACACACUAAAUGUUAAGCAUUCAAACCCCUUCCCCGUCUAUGCUGAUAGAGCAAGUGAGAAUGUGAAAGUUAAGGGAAAUGCUGCUGCAGUAACUUUUAAAAUUUGCAUAAAAGUCAGACAUCUUCAAAAGAAAUCAAGAGCAAGACAUUUUAAAAAGAAAAGAAAAAGAUAAGUAGCCUUGCUUCAGA